AGACAUUUAUAAUCAGUACAAAAACAGAAAUAAAACAUAUACGACAUACUUGUUCACCCUUAUACAGCUAAAUACAAUUCAAGUAUAUUAAACGGACGUAGAAAUAUGAAUUGAAGUUAAAACCACUGAUUAUCUCUCCAUCAAAGUGUCUGUUUGGGUUUAACAGGAUGCAUAUGCAUUGUGAGCAUUUUGUCCUGAAGUUUUCCUUGGAAACAUAAAUAAUGGGCAAACUUAUGGAUUUGAGUGAGUUUCACAAGGACCAAAUCAUGAUUGCUAGAUGACUGUGUCAGAACAGAACCAAAAUUGCACCUUUUUUAGGGUGUUGCUUGUCUGUUCACUAUAUAUGAAAGAAGAAAAAGUGGUGAGCCAGUGACAAGGCUUCAUCGAUGAAAGUGAACCAUGACCUGAUCUAAUCAAUUUUCUGGGAAAAGCAUGACAUCUGGAGGCAAUAAGCUUGCUAAAGUGGUGGAAUGUCUUAGGGAACUUUUUGCUCUAACACGUUUGAUUCUGCUUUUUGUUUGAAUGUUAUUUGUACAUGACUUGUAUGGUUGCAGACCAUUUAAACCUUUUUAAUUCACCAGUAUCAAAGCAAAACCAUUUCAAGCAGAAUGAAAGGAGUUAAACAAGUUUCAGAUGUUGGUUUAGCCUCCAGAUUUCCCAGAUCUCAACACAAACAGCACAACACACAAACAAGUGUGAUUCAUGGAGGCCCCAACCUGCAACUUAAAGAACCUGACAUGUUUCUACCUGAAAGACAAUGCUGAAUUGGAUUAGGCGUAUGCUGAGUUGGUGUAUUUGACGUAAUCGACAAAGGAUGUUAAUUGUAGAGCUGCCAGGGAGGAGAAAAACUGAAAUUAAGUAUUUUCUUGUUAAUCCAUAUUGAAAUAUGUCUUUUAUUCAGAAUUUUUGGGUGUUUUUUCUUUGUUUUACCUUUCUACAGUUGAUUCAUAUUCCCUUCUUGUCUCAGAUCAUGGAGUUUCCUCAGCAUUCCCAGCAGCUGCUAUCAGCUCUGCGUUCCCAGCGGCAGCGGGGAUUCCUUUGCGAUUGCACCGUGCAAGUGGGCUCAUCCCGUUUCCUGGCUCACCGGGCAGUUUUGGCCUCAUGCUCGCCUUUCUUUCACAUGUUUUACUCAGACUCUCCAGCGGGUAGCAGCACCAGCAGCUGUGUCACACUUGACAAUGACAUCGUCACAUCUGCUGCAUUUGGCUUGCUGUUGGAUUUUGUCUAUGAAGGUGUGCUGCUACUGGACGAGUCUCCUCCGGUGGAGGACAUCUUGGCUGCCGCAAGCUUUCUGCACAUGAACGAGGUGGUGAGAGUGUGUAAGAGGCGGCUGCAGAGGCGAGGGCCUCUGGCUGAGGCUGACAGCACACGCUCUGAAGACAGCGGCGGGUUGAGGAAGGCACCAGAGGCAGGUAGUGACCACCCAGCUGAGCCCACGGUGGCCACGGUUGCAGACCACUCAAAUCCAGUGACCACAGCAGUGCCUUUCUCCUCAGUAUCUGAAGUGGUAGAUGGAACUCAGUUGGAGUGUGUGAAGUCUGAGCAGAGGACAGGUGGAAGUUCAUCAAAUAUACAAACUCCUCUGAGCCCUGACCUUGCUGAUACCACCCAACCAGGCAUGGACGGCCCUCCUUUGCGCCCAGCAGGGGAGCUGGUGCCGAGCCAGACCAACAUAUCUGCCUUUGUUCCUAUAAGUCUCACCAAGAUGAGCCCAGGGGGCCAAGGCGAAGGAUCUGCUCUCUGCAGUCCAUGCAGCACCACAGAGGCAUACAGCUAUAGUGCGUUCCAGCAGCCUUCCUCCUCUUCCUCCUCUGUGCUUCCCCAGAGUCAGUCUGCUGCUCGGUCUGUGGUCUCUCUCAACGCUUCAGAAUCCCACCUUUCCACCGGAGGACAUGCAGAACAGCUCCCUUCUGCUGACCACCCUGCUGAGAAUCUCUCUGAGACUGACCAUAAAAACAUCCUUCCCAGAGAACAGAGGAUGGUCAGGUCAAUCCAAGCACCCACCCUGACCAAAACCUUCCAGAUCAACUCCAGACAGUCGGCUCUUCAACAAGCACCAUUACAAAUCAGAAUCCAGAGCGCAGUAACGCUAAAUCAGAGCUCGAACCUUGAACACGCGCCUCAAAUGCCAACGCUUCAACGUCCCGAGGAUGAAAGCGAAACACCACUUGUGGCUGGAAAACGAUCAUGUCCUCCAGGUGGAGCAAGGACAGGCAACGAUGAAGAGAUUUUGGAAAUCAAAGAAGAGGCGAUUAUUAUUUCUGACGAAGAGCUAGAGGAGGAGAAAGAAGAUGUUGGGGAGAAAGAAUCAGUGAUGGACGUGGAAGAGGAAUAUGAAGAGGAUAUCCAGGAAGAAGAGCUGAAUAGUCCUCAGUUUGUUUCCACACAUUCACAGGGACUUCUACAAAUAAACCCUCAUUCAAAUGACUACUCCUUCCCCCUCUCUCCCUCUUCCUCAUCUUCUGGCGCUGGACCUCCCUCUUCCUCCCUCGUUCCUCCGUCGUCCUCUCAGCAACAUCCGGAUCCUCCCGGCUACUUCCAAGAACUCCAGGACUCCAUGGGCAACUUCGUUGAAGACGUGCCAACAUGUGGGGUCUGUGGGAAGACAUUUUCAUGCACAUAUACUCUAAGACGCCACGCCAUCGUGCACACACGUGAACGGCCUUACGAGUGCCGCUACUGCUACAGGAGCUACACGCAAUCUGGGGAUUUGUAUCGACAUAUCCGCAAAGCUCACGACCAGACGCUGCCCGCUAAGCGCAGCAAGGCAGACACAGAGGGACCCCUGCUGCCGCAGCCCCCUCCUCACUGCUAACACACCAGCCACUUAUUCCCAAAUAUGUGAACUUUAACCUGAUCUGUUAACAUGAAAUCAAAACUUACAUUUAGUGAAGGAACAACUAACAAUUUUUAUGAUCAUUUUAUCUGAUUUUGUUUGUCUUUUGUGAAGUUUUUAAAACAUUCAGCAAUGUUAUUUUGAGGACGAAGAGUUUUCACUGAACAAAGUUAAUUAAGUUUGUGCCUGUUUAAUUAUCUGUUGAGAAAACUUCAGAAAAAAUUGGAUUAGAAUCACAUUGAGACCUGACAGUAAAUGCAAUAUGAUGUUCAUUACGAAAAUAGUCGUAACUCUUGACCUGUUUCACAUUUAGUAAUGUUAAAACUGCAAUUUUUGUAAGGCACAAAGUACAAAAAUGAACAUUAUAUAUCAUUCACUGCACAACUCCACGUUUGAUACAUGUCGUUUAAAAAUUGAGUCAUAAAUAACUUAGGAAUAAUAUAUAGAUUAGAUUUAAUUGAUUUUAGAAGCAGAGAGAGUAGAUAUUUUUUUAAGACAGGAUCUUUAGGCUAUUCUAGCUUAUCCCAGGUUUUUUUGUAGUUUUUUUUGUUAUUAUUACAUUCACUGGUAUUAUUCAUGUUUAUUCUUGCCCUUUUCAGAUUGUUUGUUCAGGUUAUAAAUACCAAAUUAACCUAAUGGUUCAGUUUCACACUGAGGUUAAUAUCUGUACUGUUAAAAAAGCUUUUUCAAAAGAAAUUAUCGAUAAAGACCAAAAAUCCUCUCCUAACAGCAGCAGCGGUUGAAUCUCCUCGUAAGCACAAAAGCAAAACAUGCUUGAGUGUUGACUUGACUUACAAUAACAUAUCGCUGUAAGAAAAUCAUGAAAAAUGUUACAUCUGUGCUACUUUUUAUAUUUUGUCAUUGUUUGUCAUUGAAUUCAGUUUGAUAGUCUCGUCAGGUUGUAACAAUUGAUUAUUCAUGAGCUUUAACAAAAUGUUAUAAAGAAUUGUACACCAAGUUGUUUACUAUGGAAGUUAAAAAAAAAAGAAUUGAUAUUAUAUAAGUUGUAAUAUGUAUUGGUGUCCUGUUACUGUGAGCCAGCAGAUUUAGAUGGAGAUCAUUUUAAUGUUGUGUUUUGCUAUCAACAGGAUGAACUAAAAGUUGGUCACAUUUCUGAUGCAUCUCUUUCCUGUAGAAGGUAAAUUUCCAACGGUAUUUAUUCACUCCAUUUUGCCUCACAUUUCAUUCUUUGAGUAAAUUAAACAAACCGUUCCAGGUUUCAGCUGAUUCAUACUGUAACAGUCAGGGCAAUCCUUUAACAUUUCGAUUGACUGAACUUUGAAUGGACCAACAUUGACUCACCAUUCUUCACUACACCCACUUCAUGCCUUUAACCGGAGGCAGGAAACCAGAUGAAGGGUGGAGUAAAAAAGGAGGUAAUCCACUAAAUGUUUGCCUUAUCUUAAUGUCUUUGUAUGUGCCUGAUUCAGUCUGUGGAAGUUCUUGUUCUACACUAUUUUAAAUGUUUUAAGACACUUUCUACCAAAAAAAAAUGUUGAAAUUACCUUAGAAAAAAAAUGUUUUAAACUGAUACCAUACUUUUAAUGGACAACAGCAGUGAUCAUUUAGAGGGUU